AUGUUUUCUACGUUAGCCAAAGAAUACAUUGCCAAGAAUAAAUUUUGUUUCAGUUGUAUUCAGGAUAUUGAAAAUGAUAUUCAGUGUCAAAAAGAACAGAAUUCUUGCAUAAGAGAAUCGCGUGUUGACGAUAAACAAGAAUACAAUUUAUGGCAGUCUAUUAUUGAUGAAUACGAGGAAAAACGAGCUCAAUAUACCGAAUGGAAAAAAGAAAAGGAAGAUUCGUCAAUCGUAGUUCCUUAUCAAGAUAAACCAUCGAAUUAUUUGAAUAAAGAAAUAUUUCCUUUAUUGUUACCAGCAAUGGAAAAGAUGUUGGCUGAAGCUCGUCGUUGGGAUGUACUUAAAGUACAGAAAAGUCGAUUUAAUGGUCUCGAUUAUUUGGCUGAAAUUUUGUGGAACCUUAAUCCAAAAUAUCCUAAACGUAAAAUUAAAUGGCAUACGGUUUUUGAGAUACCACAAUUUAAAUUAUUAUUACGUUUACAUCCAAGGCCAAUCUUUCCAAUGUCCUGGUUAUUAACCAAAGAGGAAGCAGCUUUGUAUAUACAAAAAUACGUACGUGGUUGGUUAGUUAGAAAACGUGAUAAUGUACAAGAAAUGAGACAAUUUUGGAAGGCUCUUGCUGAGGAGAAAGCAGAUAUUACUCAAAAUUUACUGGACAAUGAUUUAGGACCAAAAGAUAAGUUGAAAAUGGAAAAGAAGAUAGAUGAUCUGUGCGAAUUUUACAAAUUAUUAGGAAAGUAUAAGACAACAUAA